UUUUACUUUUUCACUUCUUAACCUUCAUCAACUGCGUCGUGAAUUUCCCCAACUCUCUCGUCGCUUUUGGCGAUGUGCGGCAGUACCCCCGCUGAAAAGACUAUUCCAAGACCGUACAAAUGUCCUUAUCCUCUCUGUGGUCGCGCAUUCUCCAGGCUUGAGCACCAGGUACGAUUGACUUUCUGUUAGUUCAUUAUUUAUGGUUAACGACAUGAUUUCUUUCUGUGGCUUCGUAUAGACUCGUCAUAUCCGUACCCAUACAGGAGAAAAACCCUUUGUCUGCAAUUUUCCUGGUUGCGAGAAGAAAUUCUCUCGCUCGGACGAGCUCACAAGGCAUUCCAGGAUUCACAAUAACGACCACUCUUCCAAUGUAGUCAAAGGUGGAGGAAAGUCUAAGGCCGUCAAGUCUACUGCUGCUGCUGCUGCGGCCAGUAAGGAUAGUUCCGGCUCUUCCACGCCCUCCGAUUACAAUGAUCAAAUGUCUGGCGGCGAUGUUAGACAGAUCGUCGCCGCAGGCAGGAUCAAGAAAAAGGCGAGGAGCAGAGUUAAUAGUGAUGAUGAGGAUGAAUCAUCGUCAUAUGCACGUCCUACAUCUAUAGGUUCAUAUGAUCUGACCCACUCGCGGCGCAGCCAGACGUCAACAUCGGUCCCGACCACGUCUACAUCCUCUUUGUCCCCAGACUCCUUAUCGUUACCCCACGCUCCCCUAUCACAGCCUCAAACCCCAUUUACCACGCUUUCAUCCGUUGCUAUGGAUGAAUUGUAUACACUUGAGCGGCAGGAAGCCCUCCGAAGAGCUGAAUACGAAGCCAGGCACGCCGAGGCCCUCCGCCGUGCGGAACUGGAGACAAGACAACAGUAUCAAGAACGCGAAUGGGAACGAAGAGAACGUGAACGGGAUAGAUAUGAGGAAUAUUAUGACUUCCACGGUGUUCGUUCUGCACAUUAUGGUGGCGGUUCUCACCACACGCGUCCCAGAGACCAACAUCACCUUCGUCACAACCAUCCAUACCUUGACUCCUAUUCUGCUCAUUCUUUACAUUCUGCGUCGCAUCCUCACUCGAUGUAUACUAACCCUCAACCUCCAUCACACUCUUCCUCUCACAGCUCAUUGUCUUCUUUUGAAUCUUCUUCGUCCUUUCCUUAUACUGUGUCUCCAUCCACCUCUACCUCCACCUCGACUUCUCCCUACCCUUAUUCUGGUGCCGCGGGGUUUCGCUUGAGCAAGAGCGCUACGACCAGUCCGGUUGGUACGCCCUGGGAGAAGCACGGGGAGAGAGGUUAUUUUGGCAUGAGCAAUGAGAGGGGCGAUCCGUCAGAGGAUGAUGAUUUGAAUCGCGAAUUUGAUGAUAAAGAGUCUCUCGUCCGGGAACCGCAACAUGCACGGGACAUCAAAUCCAAAAGAAGGCUUUCAGGACCUGCGUGGUAUAUUGCUCCAGAAGGCCAAGAUCGUGACUAUCCAUUCACGUCGUCCUCCGUCUCUACGCUCAAGGCGUCUGCGUCUAUCGCAUCCCUGCCACCCGAUUUCAGGGCUGCCUCUCACCCUUCCCAAUUACAAUCUCAGAAGCGUCUUUCCGGUUUCAAUCGCGUAAAGUCACAAGAUAAUGUCUACGCUCACCGUGAAUCCGAGAGACAUUCACCGUUGUCUUCUGAUUCCGAAGAUGGCGGAGACGUGGUACAGAUGAAGCGAAGAAAGAGCUACCAGGACGUCGUUAGUGCAGAGAGGAUGAUUCAACAUGAACCGUUAUCUGCGCCUCACUCGCCAAAAAGAUAUCGUUCAAACGUUGCUGAGUUUGGUCAAUCGAACAUUACACAUCCGAGCCACGGGAACAUACAUGGUUCCAACGCACAACAUGGAUCUCAUCUUCUAUCGGGUCCAAUGGCGGCGAAUACUAAUACGCCUGCCUACACGCCCAGUGGUUCCCCCUUCCUCGGACCCAUGAGGGGAUUGAACCUGCAUUCCACCGAUCCAUCAAGAGCUCCAAGCCCCAUUUUGAUGCCGCCCAGCGCCAUUUCUAGUGUCAGAGACGAAGUCGUCGCUCUAUCUCCUUCCAGUUCCCCUCCUACCUCACAUCGUGCAACGGGUCCCCGGAACAAGAGUUAUAACGAACUCUCGUCGUUAGGGGGAGGUGGAAGUAGUAACCAUGGUCGGCACCCAUACCGUGACCCCCGCGGACAUCAUGGGGCGCUUUUACAUGAAUGGGACCGUGAUGCAGUCAGCUUGAACGAACCGAAGGAACGAGAGUACGUACGGGAUUACAGAGAGCGGGAUCGAACGAACGGCGGACCAACUCUCGCAUAUCCACGGCCUUCAACUGAAUUAAGAAGCAGAGAUAGCUCCAGAGCUGCUUCACCUAUUGGAAAUAGCAUAAGUGCUGCUGCCUACAAUAAUCAUGGACAUCAAUCACAUCCGUCUCAACAUCAUAGUCAUCUAGCCCACUCCGUCAGAAUGGCAUUUGGAAUGACUCCAAUUCAUCCUCCCCCUGCAACUGCCUUCCAUUCUUCGUCAAACUCGCAUCAUUCUAGUAGUUCCUUCUCCAGUAAACCCAGUGUAACAUCUCCUUCCCCAUCUGUGCUUGGUAAACUCUCUCUUGGUUCCCAUCCCUCAAGUCACUCUGGGCAUUCUCGGCAUACCUCUCCGCUCCAUUCGCCCCCGCUUCGGCCAGGAAGUCCUCCCAUCCUCAGCGGCGGGUUCGGGUUUGGAUUCACAAGUCGGGGUCCCUCAAGGCCUACGUCCAGACCUGGUUCUCCCCCAAUAACGCUUGCACCGCUGAGAUUGCCUGCUAGUGCCGUUGGAGAUCCUAGUGAUAGGAAUAUCCCCGGUAUACAUGAAGCGACCGAUGUUGAUUCACGACCACAGGUUAUCCCUGCCAAGUCUAUUCCUACUCCUGUGGUAGACGAUGUCGAUAUGGAUAAUGCGCAGACCGAGCCUACGAAGGAGGCAGCGAUGCAAGUCGAUGGCGCAGAACUGCUAUCGGAAACAACUUCGAAGGAAAUAGACAUUGACACGUCUAUCGGUGUUACAUCUUUUCCUUCAAUACAACCACCUCCUUCAGCCUCCACCGGGGUUCAGGCGAAAACUAUUAAUGCUAGCCCUAUCCCUCCUCGCGUUAUACAAGCUCCACCUGGUGUCACUAUGGAUAAAUCAACAACGACGACUGCUCAAACCCUUAUGGCUGCCUAAGGCUAUCGCUUUAAUUUAGUCCCCAUUUAGACUUUACUUACACCUACUUGCUUCAGACCUGAUCUGCUUAAUGGGUAUUAGUGUAUGUAGUGUACAUUAUCAUUGUUUAUAGAGGACAAUGUUCUCUUUACGUCUCCACUGCUUCUUAUCGUCUAUGACCUAUCCAAACGUUUAUCUAUCAUCUAUUUACUGCAAUUGCACCCAUCUCCACGUCUUCUAGAAGUUAGUUAUUUCACCUAUCCAUAAUUAUUAUAAAGACACGACACUUUUUUUUAAAAAAGUACAUAGACAUUAUCCAUCCUUCCUGACUCUUUUCUUUUUCUUUGGCGCUCACUGGCAAUUUUAUCUGGCUGGUACCUCUUAGGAACUCUUGAACGACAAUUAGUUCACUUAACGAUAAGAGUAUCGCAUCUCAAAGGAAUCUUAUGUAAUUUAAUGGA